AUGGGGCCGGGCCUGGCCGGGGCUGAGCUCCUCCAGGAGCUGCCCGCGCCGGGCCCAGCCGCCCGCAGGCCCCGCGGCCGGCGGGCGCGGCGGGGGCGGCGCGGCGCUUCCCCGCGCUCGCCAGCAGGCCGCGGUCGGGCGCCCGAGCCCGGCCUCGGCCUGGCCUGGCCGCCGGCGCGCCGCCGCGCAGCGCGUAGGGAGGAAGAGGAAAUGCCUGGCCGCCGGCGCCCGCUGCUCGCCGGUACUGCCGGUCCGCGUGGCCCGAAGGGCGCCCUCCUGCCCGGCCGCCCCAGCUCCGUCUGGGCCCUAGCGGGGUCCCAGCAGUGGGCGCCCGCGCCGCUGCGCUGGGCUGGGCUAAGCUGGAGUGACCGCGGUCGGCGGGUGCUGCACGGCAACGAGCUGCGGGCCCCGAGGGGCUCUGGUUCUGGGGAGCUUGGCUGUCUGGCCGGCUGGGGAAGCGAGCGGCGGGCUCCGACCCUUAGGAGAGGCUGCGGACUGCCUGGGGACAUGUGUUUGUGUUUCUUUUUAAGCCAGCUGCUCGGAACGGAGAGGCUGCUGGCCUCCGGUGGUCGUCGGGUGUUGCCCGGCCGGUGACUCGCGGUCGAGAGAGGGCGUGGGCGCGGGAGGGCGCGGGAGGCGGCCGGGCUUGGCUACCGUGCUCCAAGGCGGGCUCCUCGAGAACCAUCUCUUUGAAGACUCUGCCCCCGCCAGUCUGGGUGUCCGACGGUACCCGCGCAAAAUUUGAUCCAGCUCCUUGGCUCGCCCUCAUUGCGCUGCUUGGAAAACUGUUGGGGGGUGGGGCUUAUUAAUUCAACGAACAUGCAUACUGACUGCCCCUUAACAUGUGUUCGUGGUAGCGUGGUUUGUUAGAAAUAGACCAUGCUUUGGAGUCAAGACAGAUCAGCCAUCGGAUUCUGGUUCUGAUAUCCUCUGUGUAGCCUUGGACAAAUUAUUUAACUUUGCUGAGCCUCCGUUUCA